AUGGCGCCACCAGCUGUUGUCUCAUCUUUCCUCUCCGUGGUUCCAUCUGAGCCUGUUCUUGUCUUCUCCAACGCCGACGAUGCCGCAUACUUUCAAACGCGUUGUAGACAAGGACGCAUUCUUCCCGACCAGCAAUCUAACUGGGUGUUCUUGCCUAUGCCCAAAGGACUGUUGAGAGUUAGAGCAGCAGCCAGGGGCGACAUUUGUUACGACUUCGACAGUGCUACAAAUGCUAGGCAUUUCAACGACAGUAUCAAGGGAUUGGGAAGAAUAUAUCAAGACAAAAACCAGGGGUUCCACAAAGACAGACGUGUUUACCUGGGUCCGCAGUUGAUGUAGAGAAGUAUCAAGAAGGAGAAGGAACAGCGGUGAGACAUGAGAGUGAUCUAGGAAGUAUCUGGGAAGCACCAUGUUAAGUGUACAGCGUCGUAGUCUGGGCGAGGCAAGAGCUGUUGUAGCAUACAUUAUAUAAUCACU